CUUUUAAACGUUAUUACCGGGUUUGUAUCUUGGCGUGUGUAACGGAAGGGGAUGACGACCCCCCCCCCCGAUUUGACAUAGACGCCGCACGAUGCGUGACCCUGGAGUAACGCACAAAACGCACAACCGCCAAGCAGAUUGGCAAACCUCGGUGUGUGUGUGCGCAGGGACGUCGUUCCGGUGAUGACUCGCCAAGCAGCGUCCCGGGGCCAUCAUUAAGACGCCGCCGCCGCUACGGCGAACGCGCUGGCCGGCGGGGGUUUCGGUUUUUGCGAUUGCGUAAAGCGCCGCGCGGCUUGCCGCCCCCCCCCCUCCCCGGUGCCUCUCGUUGCGGCUUUUUUUGCGUCACAAAUAAGACAAAGUUGUGUCGCCGCGCGUCCGCGUGGAGUUUAUGUCGGGACGGUGGACAACUUUUUCUUUUUUCUUUUUUUUUCUGGGCUUUGGCAGCACCCCGCCGUGACGCACAAGAGGUGGCUCAGCUGGGGUUAAAAAAAAAAGAGAAAAGGAAGAUCUGAGGGUUUGUUUGUUUUUUUUUUCUUCCUCCCCCAACCCGGGGACAAAACAGGGGGGGGGGAGGCUUUGCUGACGUGAGAACCGUGUAGGAGUUGCGUACGGCGGAUCAACGAGCCUGUAACGUCACAAAACAAAAUAAAACACCAAAAAAAAACAAAAAUGGCCGGCGAUUGCACCUUUAACGCGCGUUACGGGGACGCGGACACGUUUUGUGCAUCCGAGAUUUCGUCGUCGUCGUCGUCGUCGUCGUCGUGGUCGGGCGGCGGGGCCGGGGGAGCGGCGGCGGCGGCGGCGGGGGGGGAGACGCAUCCGCUGGGUGACUCGGAAGGGCGUAGGCCGCCGGCGGGCUCGCCCCACUUCGAGGUGAUCGACGGGCUGCUGUACCGAAAGAAGCUGGAGCGGGGCUUCAUCAACUACCGCGAGGUGCUGGAGGAGGGCCGGAGGCACGAGGCGAUCUCCGCCUUCCACCGGAGGCGGCCCGGCAACCGCCACCUCUCCCUGGAGGACACCUACAAGUGCGUGGCGGAGAACUACUGGUGGGAAGGGAUGUAUUUCCAGAUCCGAGACUAUGUCCUGGCCUGUCCAGAGUGCCUUGAGCAGCGCAGGAAGAGGACAGAGGAUUGGGGUGCCAGCCAUCAUGUGUCGAAGACGGUGACGUCACAUGGGGAUGACGUCCUCGGUAAGCUUCGGAGUCAGCGGGAGGCGGGGCUUUUCUGCGACAUCACGUUGCGAACAGACGGACGGUCGUUCUCGGCCCACCGAGCCGUGCUGGCGGCCGUCAGCGAGUACUUUCAGGAAAUCUUCACAGCCAUGGACUCCAGCGCGAAUACAGACGUGGACCUCACCGGUUUUAGUGAGGAGAGCCUCAUGUCUCUCUUGGAUUUCUCUUACUCCUCCACCUUGUGUGUACGCUGGGAGGACCUGUCUGAAGUCAGCACCAUGGCCCGCCACCUAGGCAUGUGGCCCGCUGUGGAGGCCUGCUCCGCCCUGCUGAGGGAGCAGGAGCAGCCCGAUGGGGGCUUUGCAAUAGCCGGCUCCAGGUCUCGCCUCCACCACCAACAGAAGGAGCACAAGAGGAAAAGGGUCUCUGCGGGAGAGGACAAGGUGAAUGACUGCUUCAGUCUAACUCUGGACGUAUCGAACAGCUCUUUGCCCGAGAGCCCAAGACGCACUCCCCGACGGCUGCCCAGGCUGCAGGCGCAGGGCCACAACGGCCUUUGCCACAGUCCCACGCACAGGAUGAAACUCAUGGACUUCAAAUCCCCCUCUUCAAAGAGGGCCGCAGUCUCUCACAACUCCGUAUCCGCCCCACAGUCUCGGAGGUGCCCCCACUCACCUCCCUCACACACCCGCCUUCUCCGCUCCACUCCCGGGGCGGCUGAGAAGGUUCAGAAAUUGCUGCCCAGGCCACAGAGCCCUCGGCGGAACAGGAAAACUCACCCUCUCUCCUCACCUUCCUCUACCUCCAGGCCGAGGGCUGGUGCUGUGGUAAGCCCAGUAAGGGUAAAGCAGGAAGCAGAGGAGCUGGGUGAGGAUGAGGAGGAUUACGCACGGGCGCAGGAGAAGUACAGGCUCAUGAACGUCCUCGGCCUACAGAGGACGGCCCUGCUCCCCAGACCGGAGGAUCUGAUUGGCUGGAGGCAGAAAAAGCGCCUGCGGAAGCUGAAGGCGAAUAACUACUCACUGACAAAAAGGAGGAAACCCCGCCCCCCGGCCACUGGACUGAUAUUUGGGGAUCUGCCUCUGUCACUGCCCCUCUGUAACCCCAUUAACACUUGCAUCCUCAACAAGGUCAUCAAGGCCGAACCUGAGGAUCUGCUCAGCGUGAAGGAGAUGAAGCCAAAGCGGCCGAGACCCACCCCACAACGUGUACCCCCCAGUGACAGAAGUAUGCGAAGCAAAGAAAAGAUAUUGCAGUGUUUGUCCAGGCCGGAAUUUGAGGGAAGGAAACUGAGACGCUCUGUGAGGAUGGGUAACGGUACCCCACUCUCUGCCCAGCCAUCACCUCGCCACGCCAGGGCCAAACCUUUGGCACAGAGCGCAGUCAGGAUCAAAGCAGAACCAGGUGAAUACUCCAUUUCAGGAUCCCACCAGCCAUCAAACAGCCAUCAUAGCCACACACAGCCUCGCGAGCCCUCAAGUCAGCUAAGGACCCCAGCCCGGAAGAAGGUGACCAUGGAGACGGUCAGAACACUGCGCUACAACAGCGGUCGACCGUUGACGAAGGCCAAACUUAAGCGGAGUGCUGCGAGGGAGGCGAAGAAGGCACAGGUUAAGUCUAGAGGGGAGGAGACGAAGGUGGGGAGACAGAAACCGAGGCCAGCCAUGGACACCAGCUCCCGAACUCAGGAUAACAAAUCAAGCGGUCUAACCGACUCUGGACCUUUGCCAUCCAUCUACAGCCAUCCUUUAUAUAAGGUCAUCAAAGAGGAACCAGCAGAUCCCUUGCCUGUGACUGUACCCUUUCCAGACCCACCCUCCCCGGACUUAGGCAAACGCCAGAGCAAACCGCCCAUCAAGCUUCUUGACCCAGGAUUCCUCUUCAGCUUCUGUCGGCCCGCAGGGGGGCCCAUGUUGGGGGUGAAGAGGGAGGAGGAGACGGUGGAUAUUUGCCUGACUCGCUCCGUUUCGCAGGAAACGAGGCAGUUUGGUGCCGAGGAGCCCCAGCGAAGGUUGCUGAGGUCCAGGGGAGGUCCACCAGCCCUGCAGCAGGUGAAGAAGGAAAGGAAGGAAAGGAGUGUGAGUCAAAGUAGGGUCCAGAGACCGAGACCCGACUCCUUACGUAAUGGCAUUCGUCAUCUGGGCAAACCUACUGGGUCAAAGGUCAAACAGGACAUACCAAAGACGCAAGGUAAACCCCCCCCUCAGAGUAGCAGAGGGUGUGUCUUGUUGGAAUCCAUCCGUCGGGCGAGGCUGAAGCAGCUCAGGGGUCCUCGCAGUCAGGCCCCCAAGGCCCUGAAGGCGGCCCAUGCCUGCCCGCAAUGCCAUAGCUCCCACAGGGACUGCGAUGCCCUCAUCAUGCACCGCCUCAGGCACAUCGAGGGCAAGCACUGGCCAUGCCCGCUUUGCAGUAAGACCUUCUUUCUGCUGAGGAAUGUGCGGAACCACAUCCGUACCCACGAGCCGAAGCUCUACAAGUGCCGCAGCUGUAUCGCCGCUGCCUCUUGAGGCGCGCCCGUUGGCUGAACAGGGCCGAGGUGGGUGGGAGCUGCAGCCCGCGCGGCCGAGCCGAAGCGGGCGGAAUUGCUGACGAUGUGCACUGAGAACGGAUGACCCGCCCGCCAGCCGGAGUGGAGCUGCUAGGAAAGGAAGCGGGACUUCAGGAAGAGCGGCGCGUCGCGGAGACGACGCGCUCGCGUCUCUGCUGUGACUUUACAAAGGCCUUAGUCGGCCGCUGUCCGUAGACUGAGACGACGGCGAUAGCUCAGGUUGGUUAUCAACACUGACUUUUGCCAGGGGGGGGGGGGGGGGGGCGGCGCCCCCGGUGGCUCGCCCGGUGGAGCCCGCACCACAUUAGGCUGAAUUCUUACCGCAGCGGCCCGGGUGGGAAUCUGGCUCGGGGCCCUUUGCUGCAUGUCAUCCCCUCUCUCUCCCCUCCACUUCCUGUCUCUCUCUCUCUCUCUCUACUAUCCAAUAACGGUGGAAAAUGCCAAAAAAAGAAAAAAAGAACAGUUGACUCUUGCCAAACGGGGGCGUAUCUCAACAGACGUGUUGUCUUCGGCAGCCUGAGAGCUUGUCACGGCUGACUGGACGGUCCGUCCGUACAUACGAGGCGUCCGUCACGUGCACGCCGCUCGGGGCUCCUCUAAAAGACCUAAUUACUCCGAUUCCAAUCACCGAGGCCUCGGCGAGCGCUAGUGUUAUUUUUAAACAACCAAACUGAAGUCCCUGUUUGCGUUUUUAGUAGCUGCAGGGGUUAAACUUGAACCUUACA